AGCGCUUGGAGCGCGUGCGUGUGCUGAGGGGAGACGGGCGGCCCGGCUCGGCGGCGGACCAACGGCCGUAACGGAUGCAACGGUCGGAACGGUUCCAACGGUUUUAGCGGCCCUAACGGCGGCCGCAGCAGCCGUCUUCUCCUCCUCUUCCUCCGGCGGCGGCCGGGCUGCCGGGUAGGUGUGUGCUCGCCUUGCGGCGGGGGCAGCCGGGGCGCUGAGAGUCUUUAACUCCUAAUAGGAAACUGGAAUGGAGAGCACAGUAUCGGUCACAUUCCUUGUGUUGUUUUCCAUACUAUUGUGUGAAAGUUAUCAUCAUGGAGUGGAGACGGGGACAGUUGUGCAGACAUUGGAGAGAACUUUUCCGGAAAAGGCAGCCAGCAUUAACGUUGACUUGGCAGGACUAAUACAGAAACUCCACCUUCAAGAACUUUUUCGUCGUUAUGGGGAAAAUAACUCUCUGACGAUUGAAGGAUUUAGAAAACUGCUCCAGAACAUAGGUAUAGAUAAGAUGAAAAGGGUUAAAAUAGACCAUGAUCAUGACCAUGAUCAUCAUCUUCAUCAUAACCACGUUUCACUGAGUAAAAACGCGGAGAAGACUGUUUGUCCAAACCACGAAUCUGAUGCUGGCAAAGACCCCCAGAACAGUCAUCCGAAAGAACCUCAUAAAGCGGAGAACGUAGAUCAUCAGCAGAACUUGGUACGCAGCAAGAACACUGUUAAUGAAAUAGUGGUGUCUAUCAACACUACCCCCACAGAUGGCAAUCCUGAGCUGCAGAGUCUGGAUCCUGGAGAAGGCAAGUCAGUUGCUCGGUUAGGUCUGACUAGCUCUAACGCCAUUAACAUCACAGAUGGCAGCAAUACCAGUUGGCUUGCUAACAGCAAAGCAAAUGAAUCUCUUGCUUCUCCGAAGGAAUCAGAAAGAGGAAGUUACCUGUAUUCUAAACUUAAAAACCAAAAUACCCAAGAGUGCUCCAGUGCAUCCAAGCUGAUGCAGUCCCACGGAAUAGGCACUCAGGCUCUGUUGACUGCUACGGAAUUUAGCUAUCUUUGUCCAGCUCUUAUUAAUCAGAUUGAUGGCAAGUGCUGCAUAGUCCAUGCAAGUACUGAAAAAACUGAAACUCCUCCAAAAGGUUACUCUUUGCAAAUAGCUUGGAUUGGUGGCUUCAUAUCCAUCUCCGUCAUCAGUUUUCUUUCCUUAUUGGGUGUUAUAUUGGUACCUCUGAUGAAUCGUGUAUUUUUCAAAUUUCUUCUAAGUUUCCUUGUGGCAUUGGCUGUGGGGACUUUAAGUGGAGAUGCCUUCUUACAUCUCCUUCCGCACUCUCAUGGAAACCACCACCAUCACCACGAAAAGCCUCCCCUUGAACAAAACAAAGGUCCUCUGUUCAAACAUCUUGUUUUUCAAAGUACAGAGGAGAGUGCUUACCUGGAUUCUACGUGGAAGGGACUUACAGCACUUGGCGGCUUGUAUUUCAUGUUUCUAGUGGAGCAUUUGAUCACUUUAAUAAAGCAGUUCAAAGACAAGAAGAAAAAGAAAAAAAAUGAAGAUGAUGGAGAAAGUAAGAAGUUUUCAGCGAAUGAAGAAAAGUUAGAUACAGAUGAUCGGUCUGAGGGCUAUCUAGGGACAGACUCACAAGAUCCAUCGCCCUUCAUUUCUCAGCAGCCAGCCAUGCAAGAAGAAGAAGAAGUCAUGAUAGCUCAUUCUCAUCACGAGGAGGUUGACAAUGAAUAUGUGUCCAGGGGCUGUAGAAACAAAUGUCAUUCUCACUUACACGAUACUCUGGGACAGACGGAUCAUCUCAGCCACCACCACCAUGAUUACCACCACAUUCUGCAUCAUCAUCAUCAUCAGAACCAUCAUCCACACAGUCACAGCCAGCGCUACUCGCGUGAGGAGCUGAAGGAUGCUGGAAUAGCAACUCUGGCCUGGAUGGUGAUCAUGGGAGACGGACUGCACAACUUCAGUGACGGCCUAGCAAUUGGAGCAGCCUUUACUGAAGGGUUAUCAAGUGGUUUAAGCACUUCUGUGGCUGUAUUUUGCCAUGAAUUACCUCAUGAACUAGGAGAUUUUGCUGUGCUUCUGAAGGCUGGUAUGACUGUCAAGCAAGCCGUGCUUUACAAUGCGCUGUCAGCAAUGUUGGCCUAUCUUGGAAUGGCAACCGGGAUCCUUAUCGGUCAUUACGCUGACAACGUUUCCAUGUGGAUAUUUGCACUUACUGCUGGCUUGUUCAUGUAUGUGGCUCUUGUGGAUAUGGUGCCCGAAAUGCUUCACAACGAUGCUAGUGACCAUGGAUGUAGCCGCUGGGGAUACUUCCUCUUACAGAAUGCUGGUAUUCUGCUGGGUUUUGGGAUCAUGUUACUUAUCUCUGUGUUUGAACAUAAAAUUGUAUUCAGCAUAAACCUGUAACCUUUGCUGCUGGGAACAGAGCUUGGCGUUACGUUGGAAGCAACAGGUAGCUGUUUUUCUAUUCCAUAACAGAGGGGUACGCGUGAUAGAAGCUAGAUAUUUUUAUUGGUGUAUGUAUUGCGUCACUUUUCCCCCCAUGCAGAUCUUUUUCCCUCCUGUAGAAAUGAAACUAAGUGUUUUCACUCAGAAUUUAGUUCUGCAUAUGGUACUGUGGGAAAGCAUACUUAGGAAGUCAUCGUGAAAGUGCCAAACCUAUGACCGCAUUAUCACCCGUGGUGGUGGUGGGGAUCUAGUCUUUUUUUGUGAGUUUAUUUACUGUAAGUAAUUACAUGUAACAUUGGUGUUUUUUUACUUUGGUAUUUGUUUUUACCGCAUUUAUUUCUUUAUGCCAAUAAAACACAUCAGUGGUUCUUAUUUUAGCACAAUCAAAACCAGUGAGUAGAAAGCACCAUGAGCAGCGUAAAAUAAAGGCAGGCAGUGUGUAGCGUGUGCUUACAUUGGUAGAAACUGAUCUCUUCUGCGUCCACCUGGUUUACAUGGUGUGGCAGAUGAGCCCACUCCAUCCUUUUCGCAGUGGUUCUGCUUUUGGAUUCUGUGUUUCCUAUUCCAGCUGCUUUCUACUCCAAAUGGUUUCAUGUGAAAUCCCGUUUCAGUUGUUUGCAACAAGUGUGUUUUACUUGCUUCAUCCCUUCUGAUGUGUGUUACUCUUCACUGAUUACUCAAAUCAGCAACAACGGUACAGCUAUUAUGUCGUAAAAGCAUAGCUGUGUCUGUAAUACACUUGAAUUCCAUUAAAAAGGCUGAAAGCAAUGCUUUAUCACAUUUAUGCUGCCUGGAGCGGUGAAGUUGUAUUACAGUGUUUGAUAUCAAGGGGAGUAGUGUUACAGGUUGAGACAAACAGUUAUUUACUGCGACAACUUUCUUAAGUCUUGAUUUAUUUUGGGAAAUGAACUAGUCAGCUCUUCCACUCAGCUCUAGUUCUGUGUGAUUACAGACAAUAAACCUGUGCUUGCUCAACAGUUACAUUCUUUGCAACAACUAAACCUGAAAGAUCCAAAAAGCAAAAAAUUCUUUGAUAGCACGUAUAGGGAAACAGCAUAUUAAGAAUAAUAACCAGUGUAGAUAUAAGUAUGUAGUUUGAGCUUACUGUAUUAUGGUCUUAAUAUUUUAACCAUCCUGAAAGUAACCAGGAAGGAAAGAGACAACUGUUCACAAAAAAAGAACAAGGCACACCCCAGCAACCAGAAUCCUGCAUUUGCAGGAAUUGUGAACGUUAAAUUGUCGUGUGUCUCAACUUUUAUGUAAGAAUAAGAAGAUAGGCUACCUUAACUAGCUAGGUUAACGGAGGGGAAAAAAGCCCCAUAAACAUUAGAACUUUUUUCUGAUUCAACUUUACUGCUCUUUCAAAUCACCAGCUGAAUAGAAAACUGGAACAAAGAGGACCUAUUUGAUCAUACCAUGUCUGACAAGUCCAAAAAAUCUGGCAUAUGUUGCUCUGUCAUAGAGUAGCAUUGGCUUUCAUUUUAUCACAUCAGAAAUAGAUGCUUGGAAGGAAUCGAAAGAUUUUUAUUUUAACUAGUUGAGAAAUGGGGCCCGCAGGAGUUUGUGCAGGCAGUGGACUAUUAUCUUUUCUUCCUCAAGUCUUUACUCAGAUUAACAAGACAAAUUCAUUUAAACUUCUUUCCACAGUGAUGAAAUACUGUUUUAUCAGUGUUCUCUGAGCAAGCUGAAAUAAUCAGCAUAAAUCUGUUAAGGUUUUAAUGCCAGUAUCAGAGCUCAUAUUAAGAAUUUACAUAAGAAUAGAUUUUUUUUUCUGAGUUUUCUCUGGUGAAUUGUUACCACUUUUUUUUAAUGUAGAAUAAGCAAUGUCUUGAACUUCAUUUCUGUGCUUUCUUUAAAGGUCAAAUGAUAUCAAUCUCUCCAUAAUAGUAGAAAAUUAUGGAAGGGAAAAAAAUAGUGUGCUCCAAUAAAACAUCUGUGGCAUCUAAACUGUGAGCAAAAGAAAAAGGAGCAAAUACAGCUCACUUCUGUCCUGCAAGAGAUUGUCUUUAAGGCUGGGAGACGGCUGCUGGCAGCUCCCUUGUAACCUUUUCUCUUGGGAAGCAGUGUGAGUGGAGCAGGAGCCAGCAGAGCUCCCUGUCAUUCUUUAGACUGCCUGAUCCGCAUCGGGGGACCUCACCCUCAAAGGAAACUCACUCCUUGCAUCCUGUAUUCAGUACUUGGCCGGUGCAUUUGAGACAGGAUUUGUCUUGUUUUCUUUUGAGUCAGGAGGCAGAGAAAGGCAGCCUUCUUCAACUUGUCCUCAAGCUGAAGCAUCCUGAGGGGAGUGCUCAGGUGUGGUGGGGUCUUACCAGUUCCCCCAAAUCUUCAUGUGUAUGAACCUGUGUUUUUGUUUUUUUUUUUUGGUUUGGUCAGCAGUUGUUUGGAGAGAAUAGACUUGUGUUUUAGAGCUCUCCAUUCCAUCUCUGAGAAGAAUACUAACAAAAUACAGGUACAUUGGUACAUUCUUUCCUUUCAUCAAGCACUCUGCAUUUUGUUUUUCUUUUCUACUGUUUUCUGUUCUACACUUUUGUGUUCUGGUUAGGCCUCUGUACUUUCUUCAGAAGCACACCUCUAAAGAAACAGCAUAUGCAGUCUGCCAGGAGGAAUGCUGCAGCUUGUGGUGCAGAGGAGUCACGCCACGGUACAAUAGCCAUUUGCUAUGUCUUUGUAGCAUCUCUUUGGUCUGCUGUUCUGUGCUACCUCUGUCUUUUAUAGCAGUCCUAUUCCAGUGUUUCCAAGAUUGUUACUCCUAAUUCAGUCUAAAUUCUAGAAUUUGUCAUAACUGAACCCUAAAGGCCAGCUGCUGAUCGUAUUCUUUCUUUCACUACCCCUAGUGCUUCAGUGUCAUCAGCUCUGGCUCAUGGAGAACUGGUCAGUUUCUGGCAUGUGCACAUUGCUGCUAUCUUCUUCAGAAAAACAAAUACAUGAGUCUAAAACAAUGCCCCUAUGCACCUUCCCAUGCCUAAACUGAAGCUUUUCAUACCUUGACUAGUAUUUUCUACUCUAAUGCCCUUCCGUCUACGGUCCCAGUCAUGGGACAGCGGUCUCAGAGCAUGGCAGCUCUUUCUCCUCUGGAAGUCUCUUUCUGAUCUUUAUUGCAGUUGGACGUGUCCCCUUUAGAGCUGCUUCCCGGGAGUUCUUGGCUGGCUUGCAAUGUAAUAAAUUGACAUUAAAAUACCUGCAUAUCAAACGUGCUGCUCAUGUAGCAAUGUGAAAAGUAAAUCACCCUGUGGAAUGCGGGGGAAGAACAACUAGGUAAGCUGGCCACGGGCAUUUCAGACUGGCUCACAGCUCUGGUACUUUUGUCUUCGGUGGGACGUUGAGCAAACUGAGGGCUGAAACUUGCUGCAGGUUUGUGCCAGUGAGCUGACAAAAGUGGCUUAGAUUUCUGUUGUCAGCCUGUAGUGGAAGCAGAUCUUCUAUGUCUUAACUGUACUUGCACUGAAAUUUCUCACAGUUUGGGAAAUGAAUGGGGCUGAGCCUCUAAGAGCAUUUUGCUGUUACACAUGUACAUUUCUGCAGCAGCUUGUGGUGAUGUGCAUGACAGCUGUGACUGAUCAACAGCAGCACCUUUUUGUCUGUCUCCCUGUGUGCUACCUACGGUACAGAUCUUAAUUUUAUGUGCAGCUGGAGUGCCUGUGCUAGGCUGGCGUAUACAGAAUAGGCAAAUAAGGAUGGAUUCCAAGUGAUUUUCUUUGUAAUGUAUUUAUUCUUCUCAGAUUUUUGCCUGGGUUUGUAUAUAAAAGCUGUCAGGUGAAGUUCCUGUGCACAGGGAGAGUUAAAAUCAGCCCAUGGCAGUGCUUGUCAAGUGCAAGGCCUGUGGGGCUCAGAGCGGGAUGGUGUUUCUCAUGCCAAGAGCCACAUCGCAGGUCUUGCAAGGGACGCAAGGACUGGAUUUAUUUAAAAUUCAUUCAAGGCUAACAUGCAGUAGUGGAUCUUCUGCUGUGCCUGAACGUAGGGUCACGUGUAGUUAAAACUUCUGUGGAAAGCUGGGCCCCUCUGCUUGGCACAGAGGGGCUGAAAAGCUGUUUUCGUGAAGUGUAUUUUUACGUAAGGUACGGUUUUAGUGCAUAUGAUAAUCGUUACAGACUCUAUUGUAUUGCUGUGUGCUAAAAAGAAUAAACCACUGAACAAAA